UGUUCAGUUAGUCAUCAAGUACUUAUUUAUCCAAUUAGAUUCGAUGAAAAAUAGGGAGCAAAACAAACAAGGUUUGGAUGCCCUGAUGCAGUUUUUGAUGGUAGUCGAGCAGAAGAGGAUCAUGUGUUUGUGAGAAGGACCUUCUUUUUGUUACACAUGGAGAGACUGAGUUGCACAGGUUCAUCGAUCAGAAGGCGUUCAACGAGCAUAUCAAGUCAUACAAGCCACCAUACAGAUAAUGAUGACGAAUCUGAGAGGGUUUCAGAGGCUGGAGACAUUGGGGAUAGAGCUCUUCCAAGCACCAGACUCAGUGAGAGUGGUAGUAUCCGCUCCUCUUUUGACAUCAGGCCAGAAGAAAAUGAAGUUGUUGUUUCAACUGAAGAUGAGGAAAUAUUGCACCCAAAUUCCACUCUUUCAACAGGUGCCGUAGUGGACUCUGAAGCCAUAAAUCAUGAAACUCGUAGAGGUUUGCCGAAGUUGCUGGACUAUGCUUCAUGUAUGGUUCAUUUAGCUGUUUUUGGAAUUCUUGGGGUCUUGACAAGAUAUUUACUGCAAAAAUUGUUUGGCCCUGGGGUUGGCAAUGUGACAAGCAACAAAACUCUUCUUUACCUUGACCUUCCUUCUAAUAUGAUAGGUUCAUUUCUUAUGGGAUGGUUUGGUAUUGUAUUCAAAGGAGACAUAUCUAAUGUGUCGGAGCAUCUAGCCAUAGCAAUAACAACUGGUUACUUAUUUUAA